AUGGACAUGAUGAAUGUAGCUGCCUUGACAUCUUUGCUGCCAGAAGAAGACAGUGAAAUUCAACCGAGAUACUGCUGCCACAAGAGGCGAUUUUCUGUGCAGUACACGUUGUUAUAUCAGAUGCCAAGUCAGAGGAAUCUGACUCAGUCCUAUAAAGCCCCAGAGGCUCUCCAGCCAUUGCCCUUGGACUUAGAGGGGAAGGAAUAUAAUGAUUGUAACAAGAAGGCCUCAGGCCAUUCCAGAGAUUCCGAGGGCGGUUUCAAGAGCUUCCAAGAGAGGAUAAUAAAGCAACAGUCAGAGAUUCUUUGGGACCUGUUUGUGUCAGAACGGAAAGCCGGUCUGAAGAAUAUCUUGUGUCUGAUUUCACUUUGCCUUCUGAUGGGGCUAGGGACCUGUGGCAUUCUCUAUAUAUCUUUGCAAGCAUUACAUUGUAGCCUCAUAGUGAGGCUGGCAGUGUGUGGAACCUUUGUUGCCAUCAUUCCUGGGGCUUUGUUUCUGUCAAAGUACCUCAAAUGCUUUAUUCUAAUCAUCCUCAUCUCAUGUGGAACACAGCAAGGACGGAAUGCUCUAAUCACAGCUGGCACUGGUGUAGUGGUCUUCAACUGUGCCCAAAACAGCUUUCAUAACUUAAAAGAAUUGUCACAACGCAUCAUCUGCUACUUGGAAGGUAAGAUGUCAUCUAUCAAAGAUCUUCUGGAAAGAUAUAUUAAAGUCAUUAACUGGUUGCCCAAAUCUCUAAAUGAGCUUGCACAAAAAUUAAACAUUUCAAUUCCUUCCGAUGUUGCAAGACAGCGAAUAGGUAAAGAGCUGCAAGCUUACCUCAAUGAAACAAAACAUCACUUGGAGAACCUCAGUUGCCGCAUCAUAUCAACAUUUGACAGUGUUCUCAUGGUUUCCAAAAGUGUAAUAGCCACAUUUGGUCUUUUGAGGGUCUUAGUAGCCACUGGGCUGUAUGUCAGGAAGUAUUUACACAAUACAGAGUUCGAAAAUGUAUUCAUCACCAAGCACUUUGUAGAGCUGGAAGAAAGGAGAAGCAAGCAAGGGAAAGCUGCUGUGCUUCCACUCACAAAAAAAGAGAGAAAACAUUUAAUUAAGAUCCCAUCACUGAAAUUAAUGGCAAAGGAAUGAAAAAACACUGUAAAAUUCUUUGCUCCUAUUUUGGCAAACCUGUUUCUUUGGGCAAUUAGUAUACCGAUUGAUUAUGGACUGUAUCUGCUCAUUUCUUCAAUAAGAAUACAUUUUGUGUCUCUGCCUACUAUGGGCCUUAAUUUGUCCCCACAAAACUUCGGUUAUCCAGGAAUACACAUUAACAGACGUGUUUAUUUCUUUUAUUUUCUAUACGCAAAUAUUUCAUAUGGUGUACCUUUGUUUCCGAGUGAUUGCUUUCCUGAACCAACUCUUACAAUUAAUGACAUGUGGAUCCCACUCACUGCAAUAACAUCAGCCCUUGUGUUACUCACCUUGCUUUCUGCCAAAUUUGCAACAUUGAAAAUAUUGAUCUUGUCAUCAUUUUACCCAGAAGCUCAAAGGGAUCGUGCAUACUUUUUGCAUGAAGACAUAAUCAGGAAAAGAUUAAAAUGCAAUAUCAAGAAGUCUUUGAAUGUGAUGGUCAACACGGUAGUGUUGGCUCACCAUAGGCCCAAUGGAGAGGAGUGUUCAAUCAUGUACACUUCCCAGAUUUUCGCUGAUGGUGAACACAAAUAUGUGCAGAUAGGGAAGGAAGAGUUGGCUGUCAUCUUUAGACACAUACAACACAAGUUAGAACACCAUCCAGGAAGCCAAGUGGCGAAUGUGGAUGCCUUGAGCUGUCUCCCACUGGUAGAUACUCCACCAGUGGUACCUACCCUGGAAGACUGUGACCACAAUACUACCCCUCUAACUAUGCUGACCAUCAGUGCCGAUUCUCUGGGUCCACUAGUUAUGUAUCCAUACCAUGUUCAGAAAUCCCAAGAGCUGACCAUAUUUUUACAUCUGAACUCAUGCAUGAGGAACCUUGAUGAUAACAGCAACCCUGAAAGGCAGCAAGACGAAUAA